AUGGGUCGUCGGAAGUGCAUUCUUUGUGGAAAAAAACAAGAAGAAUGGUGCACUAUCCUCAAUAUUGACAUAAAUGAUUUACCACUUCAUGCCUUUAUUUUCGCAAAUCAUUUUCACAAAAGUGAUUUAAUAGAAGGCAAAAGAACUCAACUAAAGCAUUCAGCAGUUCCAUCAGUAGAGCCUUUGAGGCAAACAGAUGAUUCCAGUGAUGACGAGAAUGAAAUCAAUCUUGCCCAGGAAAUUGCCCUAAGCCAUUCAAAUAGUGAACAACUGGAAAGCAGGGAUCUACCUAGAAAAGCACCUACGCCACUGGUGGAAUCAGCUGUGGUCUGCACAUACACAGCUUAUUGUUUGUAUUUGUUUUGA